CGGUCGUCGUCCUUGUCCUUCAAGGGCGACUCAACUCUAGCUUCUUCGUUGACCGAGGCGAACCGCAUAACCUGUCAUUCCACCCGCCCAUCUGCCGGCCUGGCGCGCUUCCCUCCACACCAUGGCACCCCGCAACUCUCUCAACAGCCCCGACUCCUAUGCGGUCGCCUGGAUCGCAGCUCUUCCCAUCGAGCGGGCCGCUGCAGAAGCGAUGUUCGACGAGGAACAUGCGCCUCCAACUGGCUUCGCUAGGCACCAAAUCGACGCGAACCGUUAUACAUGGGGUCGUAUGGGAGAGCACAACAUCGUUAUCGUCAGUCUUGCCGCCGGAGACUAUGGAACCACCUCGGCUGCGACCACGGCCUCGAACCUGCUUGCCUCUCUGCCAUCCAUCCGUGUUGGUCUUCUGGUCGGCAUAGGCGGCGGCAUCGCACGACCGGACGAUGACCGCGAUAUCCGGCUAGGCGACAUUGUCGUGAGCCAGCCCGAUGGGACCAGAGGCGGCGUCUGCCAGUACGACUUGAUCAAGGCAAAGCCUGGUGACAGGCGUGAGCGCAAAGGCUUCCUCGGACGGCCUCCGACGGUCCUCCUCAAUGCGCUUGCCAGCAUCCAGGCCGAUCACGAGCGGAAAGACUCCAAAGUUCGCUGCUUCCUUCAACAGAUGCUAGAGAAAUACCCGAAGAUGGGCAAGAGAUCCAAGAUAAGUCCUGGCUAUACUCACCAGGGCUUCGACAAAGACCGCCUCUUCAAGGCUUCUAGUGGCCACGUCUCCGGGCCGGACUGUCGGGGCUGCGACGCGGCUGGCGACGUUCAACGCGAUCCUCGGGACACCACCGACCCCGAUAUCCACUACGGGACCAUCGCAUCCGGCAACACGCUGGUCAAAGACGCCGCUGCGCGCGAUCGGAUUGUUGCCGACGUCGGCGAGGAUUGCAUCUGCUUUGAGAUGGAAGCAGCCGGCCUGAUGAACCACUUUCCCUGUCUUGUGAUCCGAGGGAUCUGCGACUACGCCGAUUCCCACAAGAACGAUCGAUGGCAACGUUACGCCUCGGCCACCGCCGCUGCGUAUACUAAGGAGCUCCUGGCGUACGUGCCGGCCGCGGAGGUCCAGGAGACUAAGAAAGCGCUGGAAAUGCUUCAAUCAGUUGAACAAAAAAUCGAUAGUAUGCAGCAGACCAUAGGUGUAGCGAAAAUAGCCACUGAUUCUAUCCAGGCCGACCUUCGUACCGAGAAGAUCGAGCGCUGGCUUCGCCCCUCCGAUCCGUCUAGAAACGCCAACCACGCGAGGGAGCUCCGCCAUGAGGGGACAGGUGCGUGGCUCCUAGAAAACCCGGCCUUCCAGGAGUGGCACUCAGGGUCGCGUCGACAUUUGUGGUUGUAUGGUCUCACGGGAUGUGGAAAGACGGUUCUCAGCGCAACUGUGCUGGAUCAUCUCGAGAAGGGAAACGACCGUCUUAUCCUCAGCUUCUUCUUUGACUUUGGCGACACGGAAAAGCAGACUGUGGAUGGCAUGCUGCGGUCGCUUGCUUUCCAACUCUACCGAGGCCGCGGUGCCUCUGCAGGUCUUCUUAACGCCUCAUUCCAAGCACACCAGGAUGGCCGUGACCAAAUUGCGACAAAGGCGCUCUCGGAUGUUUUAUUCAAGACUCUCACAGUCCAGACGAAGGUCUCUAUCGUUCUGGACGCCUUGGACGAGUCGACAACGAGGCGCGAACUACUCCUCUGGAUCAAGGACGUAGUUUCCAGGCCAGAUCUGGGCCACGUCCAGCUGAUUUGUACCGGUCGGCCUGAAGCCGAGUUCCUAAGCGAUAUCCCCUCGUUAAUAGGCGAGGAAAACAGCUUGGCACUCGACAAGCACUCUAUCAACGCUGAUAUCCGAUCGUACGUCGCAGCACAGCUUUCGCAACGACGUGAAUUUCGGAACAAGCACUUGUCCCGGGAUCUCCUUGAGGGGAUCCGGAGGAAGAUUGGCGACGGAGCCGACGGGAUGUUCAGAUGGGCGUUCUGUCAGUUGGACAGCCUGGCUCGAUGUCGUCACGAAGCGGACAUGGCGAAAGCGCUUGCAUCUUUGCCGCGGAACCUAGAAGAAACGUACCGACGCAUGAUUGAAUGCAUACCGAUGGAGCUCAAAAACGAUGCGAUACGGCUCCUACAAUUCCUAGUACACUCCGAGCGACCUCUCAAGCUGGUCGAGGCUAAAGAAGUAAUAGCAACACAGAUCGAAAACGGGUCGCAGGGAUUUGAUAUCAAGCGUCGACUGUUUUGCGAGACAGAUGUUUUAGACUACUGCCCCGGCUUAGCGACAUUCGUUCACGCCACCGAUAAAGAGCUGCAUCUUGCCCACUUUUCUGUCAAAGAGUACCUUCUUAGGGAGAAUCGGUUCAAGAUUUCGACUGCCAGCAUUUCUAUCACGAGGACAUGCUUGACAUAUCUUACGGACAUUAAUGGUAGCCACCAAAAGAUCAAGCAGGAAUUUCCGAUGGCAAGAUUUGCAGCGGAAGUCUGGACAGGCUUUGCUGCGUUGGCUCAGGCUUCAGAAGAUAUAGUUCGAGGGACGGUCAGGUUCGUAGAAGAGGAAGUGACGUUCCAGCGAUGGGCUCGCUUGUAUCAGGCUGAUAUGCAUUGGGUCGAUGACCCAGGUCCUCCACGAGGUUCCAAGCUCUACUAUGCUUGCUUCGUUGGGCUCAUAGCGCCUGCGCGAGAUCUUAUCGGCAAGGGAGCAGACGUCAAUGCCCAGGGCGGCUUCUACGGCAACGCUCUCCAAGCCGCCUCAUUUCGAGGCCAUCAAGAGAUUAUCGCGCUACUCUUAGACAAGGGAGCAGAUGUCAAUGCCCAGGGCUUCUACGGCAACGCUCUCCAAGCCGCCUCAUCAGAAGGUCAUCAAGAGAUUGUCGCACUGCUCUUAGACAAGGGAGCAGAUGUUAAUGCCUAGGGCGGCGAGUACGGCAACGCUCUCCAAGCCGCCUCAUCAGAAGGCCAUCAAGAGAUUGUCGCACUGUUCUUAGAGAACGGAACAGAUGUCAAUGAAAGAAAUGGCUCUAUGGCUCCAAGCAUCCCGGCGAAGAAAU